UUGCCGAAGCCAAAAAAAUCCAUGGGAGGAACUAAACAACCAUCCCUGAACUGCUGUUGCUGCAACCCCUUCACCUGCUGCUGCGGCUGCCUCCUCAACUGCAUCUGCACCUGCAUCUGCCAGAUCAUCCUCACCAUCCUCAUCGUCGUCGGCAUCGUCGCCUUCGUCCUCUAUCUCGUCUUCCAGCCGAACACCGUCAAUUUCCACGCCACCGAUGCCUCCCUCACCGAGUUCGCCAUCGACGGCAACCACACCCUCCGCUACGACCUCGCCGUGAACCUCACGAUCCGGAACCCCAACCGCCGCAUAGGGAUCUACUACGACCGGAUCGAGGCCAGGGCAUUUUACCAGGGGCAGAAGUUCCACUCCGUCGUCCUGCCGCCUUUCUACCAGGGACGCAAGAGCACGCGAAACGUCACCGCGGUUUUCAAGGGGCAGCAGCACUUGCUUCCGCUCGGGAAUAAGGAGAUGUCGAAGUACAACAGGGACGGCGAGGAUGGCGCGUACAAUAUCGACGUGAAGCUCUACCUCCGGACUAGGAUGAAGUUUUGGUUCGUGAAAUCGAGCAUGGUGAAGCCGAAGAUCAACUGCAAUCUGAGAGUUCCGCUGAGAUCCAACGGCACUGUUGGUCUUUGCCUCCUUCGGGCAAUAUUUGCCUCCUCAGAGAACCACACGAACGCUUCCUCAAAGAACCACAGGAACGCGCACACUCAAAGAGAGAGCAAGACACAGGGAGACAGUGAGAAAACAAUUCCUUUUCGUAGAUCUAAUAAUCUAACUACUUUCGCCAAUCCUUUUCAGUAA